AUGGAACUCUUCUCUAGACUGGGCAAAUCAGCCCCCAACUACAAAUGUGAUAUUCAGAACAAUCCAGGAGCAGUCAUUGGGGGACCUGUCUCUGAAGUCUGUCUCUACAUGGCAGAUAUUCUGUCCAUUUAUAAGAUUCCACAGCUCAACAACUUUGUUAAAAGCAUCUCAUUUAAUAAUAGUGAUGGGGGGAAAGUUUUCUUCAACCAAAAUGGAGAGUUAGAGUCUGGAUUUGAUAUUAUAAACUGGGUCACAUUUCCAAACCAGUCCUUUCGGAGAGUGAAAGUUGGAAGGAUCGACCCCAUGGCUCCCCAAGAAGAAGUGUUCAGCAUUUGUGAAGAAGCCAUUGUGUGGCCCAGCAGGUUUAACCAGGCACAGCCCCUUUCUCUUUGCAAUGCCAAUUGUCCUUUGGGUUAUCAAAAAACAAAGAAGGAAGGGAAACCAUUUUGCUGCUAUGAUUGCAUUAUAUGUCCGGAAGGGAAGAUUUCCAACCAGACAGACAUGGAUGAAUGCUUUCAGUGCCCACAAAAUCAUUACCCAAAUGUGGAAAAGGAUUCUUGUCUGCCAAAGAACAUACAAUUCUUGUCUUAUGGGGAACCCCUGGGGAUCUCUUUGGCCUGUUUUGCUCUUUCCUUGUCCUUCCUUACAGCUUUGGUGCUUUGGAUUUUCAUUAGGCACCGGGACACUCCCAUAGUCAAAGCCAACAACCGCAACCUCUCCUAUACUCUCCUCACCUCCCUCUUGUUCUCCUUCCUUUGUGCUUUGCUAUUCAUCGGGCGACCUGAGAAAGUGACCUGUCUCCUUCGACAAACAGCUUUUGGCAUCAUCUUUUCAGUGGCAGUUUCUUGUGUGUUGACAAAGACAAUCAUUGUGGUCCUUGCUUUCAUGGUCACCAAACCAGGGUCCAUCAUGAGGAAAUGGGUGGGGAAACAACAGGCCACCUCCAUUGUUCUUUUCUGUUCCUUGAUUCAAGCUGCUCUUUGUACUGUGUGGCUGGCAACUUCUCCCCCAUUCCCAGAUUUAGACAUGCACUCAAUGAGUAAAGAAAUGGUUCUGCAAUGUAAUGAAGGGUCAGUCACCAUGUUCUACUGUGUCUUGGGGUUUAUGGGCUUGCUGGCCAUUGUCAGCUUCUCUGUAGCCUUCCUAGCCAGGAAGCUACCCGACAGCUUUAAUGAAGCCAAGUUUAUCACCUUCAGCAUGCUGGUAUUUUGCAGUGUGUGGCUGUCCUUUGUUCCAACUUACUUAAGCACAAAAGGAAAAUAUAUGGUGGCUGUGGAGAUCUUCUCCAUCUUGGCCUCCAGUGCUGGUUUACUAGGCUGUAUUUUUUCACCUAAAUGUUAUAUUAUUGUAGUGAAGCCUGAAUUGAAUAGCAAGGAGCAACUCAGAAGGAAGACUUGA